AUGACUCCUCGUCGCUCUUCUCGGGCUCGCACCUCCCAACCCUCUCCCGCCCUCGUCCAACACGCCAACUCCUCCAACUCCUCAAAUUCUCUUACUCGAGAGAGAAGCACUCGAUCGAAUCACAAAAACGGCUCCAACGGCCACCGGUCUCAGUCGAUCGAUGAUGAGAAUGGCUCGAAGGACCUUCCACACACACGGCAGCGCCAGCGCGCCAACCACGAUGACGAUGACCAACCCCGUGAAGAAGAUGAAGACGAAAUUGAAGAUGAAGAGGAAGAGGUGACUCGAUGUAUUUGCGGUCAGCAAGACUAUCCGGGUUUGCCUCCUUCUCGUCGCGAGGCCCUCGGUCGCGGCACCAUCAAGCUGGAGUCAGGAUUAGUUCCCUCUGAUCCAUCAGACCCCAUGGCAGAUGAGAUUGGGAGCAUGUUCAUCCAAUGUGACCUAUGCAAAGUUUGGCAACACGGUGGUUGUGUUGGCAUUAUGGACGAGGCAACGAGUCCUGAUGAAUAUUUCUGCGAGGAGUGCAGGAAGGAUUUACACAAGAUCAAAGACGAACCUCAUGGACAACGUUCCUCUACCUACCUCCCUGUUGCACCUGAACCAGUGCCACCACCACCCCCUCCACCAGCACCAGCACCCGCACCCGCACCCACACCUCCUGCAGCACCAGUCAUCCCGGCUGUCCCAGUGCUCCCGGCGGCGGAACCUUCUCCCGCUCCAUCUUCUCGUGCCUCCUCGAGGGAAAUCUCUCGGCGUUCCAAGGAUCCCAAGUCCCGAAGCAGCGAGAGCGCUGCCGCUGCGAAUGCCAAGCGGCGAUCAACAAUGAACAGCCGGGACGCUGCUUACGAUGAAGAAGAAUUGAUUCGAAGAGCGAUUGAGGAAAGCAAGGCUGAAACCAAGAGCAAUCCCGACGAGACAGACACACACUUGGGCAAGCGAAGCAGGAGCGAUAGCGUGACGAACAGAGAAGGAGCGAAACGGCAGCGAACCACUUCACCGUCACCUGGUGCCACCUCAAAGCAUAGCAAUCCACCAUCUCACCCGCCUUCUGAUGAUGAGGCGAAACAAAAGCCUGCAGUGAACGGGACUCGGAGACAGAGAGCUUUGUCUCGAGGCCAGCUCGACAAUGAGCCUGGAAAAGACGCCAACGAGGGCGAGACAGAAGCUCCUGAUACAGCAUAUCGCCGGAAAGAACGGCCAAAUCGGCGGAAGGGAGAGGAAUCCGAGCUUGAAACCGGGUCCCCAACCAAGACCGCACCACCUGAGCCAGAACCAUCACAAGCGAGUCCUAACACUCCUACUCCCCAAGAGCCCACGCCGGUUCGUCCCCCAACCCGCAAAUCCGGCCGACCUCCUGCUCGUCGCGGUCGUGUUGGACGCAACCAAUACACCAAGGACCGGGACACAAACGGGAACGGAGAUUUCGGGUACAUGGGAAACUCGCCCCGUCGUGGACAAUCCCACGAAAUUGGUGGAGACUCCCCUCGAGUCGGAUACAGUGGUGCCAAUGGAACGCACGUCAACGGCGGGGAAUCAGGACGGCCAAGCAAGCCACGCCACAUGCACCCACAGCGAACCACAAUGAACGAGAUGAAGCGCCGGGUGGCAGCUAUUCUGGAAUUCAUCUCGCGCAUGCAAGUGGAGAUGGCCGUUGCCGGCGAAAACUCCUCUACGCCUUCGAGCAACGGUGACCGAGCUCAGGGUCUACUGCUAAAGAGCAUGGUUGACCAGAUCGACAACGCGAUGCCAUCGGCGCGCAGCGACGCCGGCGAGUCCGGACCCGCAACCACAGAUGGUGGUUAUGGAGAGUCCACAAACCAGGAAAAGGACUUCAAGGAACUCACCAGCGUCGAGAUGAUGGAUGUGCUCACUCGUCAUCUGCUCAAGUGGCAGCAGGAGUACGGCAAAUUCGGAGAACGGUAG